AUGCGUAGGGCCAAGGGACCAGCCGUGGGGAUAGACCUAGGCACGACCUACUCCUGCGUGGGGGUCUGCCAGCACGGCAAGGUGGAGAUCAUCGCCAACGACCAAGGCAACCGGACCACGCCCAGCUACGUGGCUUUCACAGACACGGAGCGCCUGGUGGGGGACCCAGCCAAGAACCAGGCGGCCCUCAACCCCCAGAAUACCGUCUUCGAUGCCAAGCGGCUGAUCGGCCGGAUGGUUGAGGACCCCAUGGUUCAGCUGGACACGAGGCACUGGCCCUUUCAGGUGGUGAGCGAUACCGGGAAGCUCAAGGUGCAGGUGUCCUUCAAGGGGAAGGAGAAGGCCUUCUACCCUGAGGAGAUCUCCGCCAUAGUGCUCGCCAAGAUGAAGCAGACGGCUGAGGCCUACCUAGGCUGCCCCAUCACCCAGGCCGUCAUCACGGUGCCAGCCUAUUUCAACGACUCCCAGCGCCGGGCCACCAUAGAUGCUGGGACAAUCGCUGGCCUCCACGUCCUGAAGAUCCUCAAUGAGCCCACGGCAGCAGCCAUUGCCUACGGCCUGGAGGCCAGCCGCAAAGGGGAAGGGAAGCGCAACAUCCUCAUCUUCGACCUGGGCGGCGGCACCUUCGACGUGUCCAUCCUCGGGGUGGACGACGGCAUCUUCGAGGUCAAGGCCACGGCGGGGGACACCCACCUGGGCGGGGAGGAUUUCGACAACCGGCUGGUGGAUCACUUGGUGCGGGAGUUCAGGAGGAAACACAAGGAAGAUCUCAGCCAGGACAAGAAGGCCAUGCAGAGGCUAAGGGCGGCUUGCGAGAGGGCCAAGCGCACGCUCUCUUCCGGCACCGCUGCCGCCAUCUCCAUUGACUCCCUGUACAAAGGGGUGGAUUUCCACACCACCGUCACCCGGGCUCGCUUCGAGGACCUGUGCUCCGACCUCUUCCAGGCCACCUUAAAGCCCUUAGGGAAGGCGCUGCGGGACGCCAACAUGAACAAGGAUCAGAUCCAUGACAUCGUGCUGGUGGGAGGCUCAACCCGCAUCCCCAAAGUCCAGACGCUGCUGCAGGAGUUCUUCAGUGGGCGGGAACUGAGCAAGAAGAUCAACCCAGACGAGGCCGUGGCCUACGGGGCGGCUGUGCAGGCGGCCAUCUUGACAGGCAACAGGUCCCAGGGUCUGCAAAACGUGCUCCUCCUGGACGUGACCCCGCUGUCUCUGGGGAUUGACACGGUAGGAGGGGUGAUGGCCACCGUGGUCAAACGCAAUUCUCCGGUCCCGACCCAGGAAACCAUGGAAUUCACCACGGCGGAAGACGACCAAGAGACGGUUGUGUUCGAGGUCUACGAAGGGGAGAGAUCCAUGAGCAAAAACAACCACCUGCUGGGCACCUUCAUCCUAAGCGGCCUUCCCCCGGCGCUGCGCGGCGAGCCCGUCAUCCAGGUCAGCUUCUCCAUCGACACCAACAACAUCCUGACCGUGUCGGCGCGGGACACGGAUACUGGCAACACAAGCCAGCUCACCAUCACCGACACCAGGGGCCGGCUGGACAGAGAGGAGGUGGAGCAGAUGGUGCGGGAGGCCGAGGAGCACAGGGCACAAGACGAGGCACAGCAGGAGAAGAUCGCAGCCAUGAACUCUUUGGAGUCGUGUGCUCUCCACCUGAAGAGGGCUGCGGAGGGAGGCCAGGCCCUUGAUGUUCGGGCCAAGAAGAGGGUGUUGGAGCUGUGUGAGGAGGCCAGCUCCUGGCUGGAGGGCAACCAGCUGGCGGAGAAGGAGGCGUACGAGGAGCGGCAGAGAGAGCUGGAGGAGGCGUGGGACUCGGUCUUCUCCGACCUCAGCCAGGGUCUGGGGGUGGAAGGGGAGGCCAGGGGCGAAGAAGAUGGGGAGAAGGCUGCUGUUGCCCAGCAUGGUGAGGAAGUGGGUUGA